UACGGAUUGAGGGUUAUCAUGUGGGGUCGAUCUUAUCUGUGGCUGCCCCUUACUUAGAUAAUUUUGUAUGAUCAAUUUGAUUUUAAUUACUCCAAUGAGAUAUCUUAUUCCCCAUAGUCAUUUGCUAAUCUACUAAUUUUUACUCGCUGGGAUUUUUCUAAUUGAAAAAUGAAGAAUCUCUUAGGUAAGGAAGCAUGGAGUCCAGCAGGGGUAAUGGAAUUCAACUCCUUCUAGCUGCAGAGCAAGAAGCUCAGCACAUUGUCAAUGCUGCAAGAAAUGGUUAUUGUAUAAACUUGAGAGGAGUUAUUGGUUUCGACUCAUUAGCUGCUUCGCCGAAUGAAUUUGGAGAUAAUGAGAUUCGCUUGUUUUAUGUAGCAAAAUUGGCUAGGCUGAAACAAGCCAAGGAUGAGGCUGAAAGGGAAGCUACCGAAUUCCGCGCCCAAAUGGAAGCUCAAUAUCAGGCCAAGCUGACAGAGACCAGCGGUGACUCGGGUGCUAAUGUGAAGCGGCUGGAACAAGAAACCCAGGUGAAGAUUGGUCACCUGAAGGAGGAGGGUUCCAGAAUCUCUCAUGAUGUUAUAGACAUGCUGCUGAGGCAGGUUACCACAGUUAAGAAUUAGGAGGAUGCUGAUGGAUUGAUACUCUGUUCAGCCAGGUUCUUUUCCGGAGAGAGUUGAGUGAUGAACACUGUGAUGUGUAAUAUGUUGAAGGAGAGAUACUGGGAGUUGGUUGCUUGGUGUGUAUGUCAAUUGCCUUCGAAUCUACAUACUUUUAUGACGUUGUAUUGUUUGAUCAUGGACUUCGUAUUCGCGGUGUUGGAAUAAAUUCUCCUAUUGUAGUGUUGACAAGUAAAAUCAUG